GACUGAGAUGUGCUUCUUGCUUAUCACGAUUCACAUCGAGCUUCUACACAAGCUGAGGAGGAUGCUGAACAGGGCAAUUUGAAGCCAGGAUCAGCUCCCACAACUGCUUGUUUUUAUUUUAUUUUACUUUUUAUUUUUUUUUUGUUUAAAUUUCAUUUAUUCCGUCCAUCACAUUGCUUAUUAUUUUUUUAAUAGUCUGUGUAUUAAAUUUGGGGACACUGUGAAAGCCAAUGCAUUCCGGGUGCAUUCCUGCUGCUGGCUGGGACUAUGAUUUAUCAAUGCUCGCAGCUUUGUUCUCAUGACAGACUUGCACUCGUCCAGUCUCAUCAGACCAGGAGAGAGCGGUGAAUUCUCCUUAACUUUCCUGCAUCUUCGACGAUUCCAGCUGCAGCAGGUACUUUCUGCACUUGAGCGGCUGUCCUGUUGUGUGUAGGUGUUGAAGCAGCCAUGUGGAGCAGAGAGAGCGCUUCUCUACUUCUCAUCUGCCUGCUGGCGCUCACAGCUCUCUGGAAAACCAGAUCGGUGAAUGCCGAUGCCACAUCUGAUGCCUUUAAAACCAACAUCACCCUGUUCACACGGAUCCUGGACAGACUGCUGGAUGGAUAUGACAACCGUCUACGGCCUGGUCUCGGAGACAGGGUAACUGAGGUGAAGACAAACAUCUAUGUCACCAGCUUUGGACCAGUUUCAGACACAGAUAUGGAGUACACCAUAGACGUUUUUUUCCGGCAAAGCUGGAAGGAUGAGAGGUUGAAAUUUCAUGGGCCGAUGAAUAUUUUGCCCCUCAACAACCUGAUGGCGAGUAAGAUCUGGACUCCAGACACCUUCUUCCACAAUGGGAAAAAGUCUGUGGCUCAUAACAUGACCAUGCCUAAUAAACUGCUGAGGAUCAAAGAUGACGGAACGCUGCUGUACACAAUGAGGUUAACUGUGCAUGCAGAGUGCCCAAUGCAUCUGGAGGAUUUCCCCAUGGACUUUCAUUCCUGUCCACUAAAAUUUGGCAGCUAUGCCUACACAAUCUCAGAAGUGACUUAUGCUUGGACUCGAAAUGCCUCCGACUCUGUGGUAGUGGAAGGAGAAAGCUCCCGCCUGAACCAGUACGACCUGCUCGGACAAACAGUCGGACAAGAAACUAUCAAGUCAAGUACAGGUGAAUACACAGUGAUGACGGCUCAUUUCCACCUGAAGAGAAAGAUUGGCUACUUUGUCAUCCAGACGUACCUCCCCUGCAUCAUGACUGUCAUUCUUUCCCAAGUGUCUUUCUGGCUGAAUAGGGAAUCGGUGCCAGCUAGGACUGUGUUUGGUGUAACCACCGUUCUCACGAUGACAACACUGAGUAUAAGUGCAAGGAACUCCCUUCCCAAGGUUGCUUAUGCCACUGCCAUGGACUGGUUCAUCGCUGUCUGUUACGCCUUUGUCUUCUCCGCUUUGAUUGAGUUUGCCACUGUCAAUUACUUCACAAAGCGCGGCUGGGCUUGGGAUGGAAAGAGUGUCGUGAAUGACAAGAAAAAAGAGAGGGCAUCCGUCGUCAAGAAGAAUAAUGCCUACGCUGUAGCAGUGGCCAACUACGCGCCUAACAUCACCAAGGACUCCAGCACACUUCCAACCAUCGCCAAAGGUGGAGCUCCGGAGCCCAACAAGGCCAAAGCAGAUGGCAAAGCCCAAGAAAGCAAGAAGACAUUCAACAGCGUUAGCAAAAUUGACAGGAUGUCAAGGAUUUUGUUUCCGGUUCUCUUUGGCACCUUCAAUCUCGUCUACUGGGCCACCUACUUAAACAGAGAACCCGUUAUAAAGGAUAUGGUCCCCUCUACUUAGAGACCACUUUUAAUGGGUUCUGAUCUGAGGACUAAGAGAUGAACCAAAUACCUCCAGCAACUGUGUACACAUACCUUUGCAGAGUCAAGUCCUGGAUUGCAGUGUGAUCCUCUAUCUCCGCCUGUUUUCUACACCGUCUGCAGCACUUUUGAGGAGCCUGGCUUUUGUAAAUGUGUAUGUAUAUUUAUAUUCAUGGUUUUAUGGUGACAUAUUGUGUGAUUACUUCGAUUAGAGUGCAUAUUUCCUUGAAAGUAUGUUUCCAGUUACAGUAUGUGGCCACUGUACAUACAAAUCAAAUUAAACAUUAACACAUACAUUUUAUUUACGAUUACUUCUAAACGUGUUGUUUUGCUGGUAAUGCCCACUCUCUUGAUAUUACAGUAUAUAUAUAUUUUUCUUUUGAGUGAAAGUGACUGCUUAUAUCAUAUUUCUUUCUGUCUCUGCCAUCUAAGAGUGGCUUUUUUCUGUCCAAGCCAAUGCAAAAACACACUUGUAUAAUAUUGUUACAGUGUAAAAGUUGUUUUAUUAUCUGUGACUGCAGGUAUGGGGCUGUAAUCAUACACUGACCUCCAGAAUCAAUGAAACACUCCAAGCCAAAGAGCUCUAAAAAAAAAAAUAAAAAAAAAAAAUUAGUGUGCUUGUGAUACAGCUACUGCUGCCAGAGUCACUUUGCUGUGAUAUCAUUUUGGAUUACAGGAAAAUAUAUUUGAAAAGAGAUUAAAAGAGAUAAUUUAAUACUAUCAGAGAUAUCUGACUUAACAACAGAAUGAAGUGUAUGUGAUAGUGUGCUGUGAUACUCAAUAGAAACACCAUUAACUGAAAUACCCAAAAAUUUCACAUGCUUGAAAAUGCAUAUCAAUUUUUGGCCACUAGGAGGCAGAGGGCCACCACACAACCCUGACAGAGUACUGCCUUACUAAAUCUUUUGCUAACAUUAGCAAACAUUUAUAGUAUUUAUCCAUUAUAUAUAUAUACACCCAAUAGACACACGCUGUGUCUCGAAUCGGAUACUUCGGUCAGUACACUAACAUGAAGUACAGUGUGUACACAAGAUACUCAUGGCGCAGUGCACAAACUUGGACGAUGUAGUGUUGUCCUAAAACCAACACUGCUGUUCUGCGGUCACCGGAAAUGACGAUGUCAACAUGUGGCCGCGAUUGUCGCGUGCCUGCCAACUUCUUUGCGCACGUGACUCAAACUGAACGUUUACCUGUCCUGUGUGUGGCUCUGUGUCAUGCCACAUGAAAAGUAAGCCGCAAUCGGCGCCGACGACGUAUCCUCCCUCCUCAAUGGUCGCCGUUUCCACAAGUUUGCGGUCCCUCCCCUUCCGCUAUGUCGCCAAGAUGGCGACUGUUGAGGGUGAGAAGGGUUUAUGGUUUCACACUAAAUUGUUUGCCUGUGUGAGUGCACCGUCCGAGUACGUUAGUGCACUGCCUGUUGACAUUUUUGUCAAUGUGAACGCACUUAUGCACUCAAGAUAACAAGUGUGAGUAUGGAAGUAUGCAAAUUGAGACACCCAACAGAGAAACAUUAUCGUCCCUCUGAGGUUUUGCUGUUGUCACAUCUCAUGUAAGUCCAGUAUUCACUCUCCUUUUAGCUCUGUGUCAGAGUCUGACAUCGCUGAGCAACUGAUAUUUGACUUUCUUCACCACCUGCUUCAUACGCUAAUCUGUCUGCCACUUGUUUUCCAGUUUGUCAGAGCUAAUUCAUUCAUUCAAUGCCUGAUUCAAUUUGAGAUUAGGUUGAUGAGAGGGAUGAACCAUACAAACAGUAAAUAUACCAUUUAAAAACCAACACAAUGAGCUACAAGGGUCUAAAAAGCAACAGAGUUGGGGGAAUAAUUUUCUGUAGAUAUGUUGUUGUGGUUGACCCCUUUUACCUUAGCAUAUGUUUUAAUGGGUGAUAAAAGUGAUCAGCAGUAUUAGCAGUGAAAGGAACCUUUUGCUAAUGGUGCAAAGAAUUUAUGAGAUGACGAAUGACAUGAGAAGAAGAAAUGCAUGUUGCUUCACAAGCACACCGACAGGUAUUAUCAUACAAUUUAUUUUUCAAAUUAUUUUUUAUGUUUAUAUUUUAUUUAUUUAUUUUAUCAAGGUUCAAGUCCCAAUAAUAUCAUAUAGUACACUUUAAAUGUACACAAACUCGGCAUCAUUAACAUCUUGUGAAAACUUGUCUAAACUCAUUUAAAAUAUGUAUAUCACAGCUUUUUAUUGGCUUACAAACAGUGUCAAUAACUCUGGAGGACAGUGUGGAUUUGUUGAUGUUUAGUUGUGUGCUGUGGCAGUCUUAAUCAGCAUGUACACCAUUACAAUUUUUAUUCAUUAUCCAUAGUCAGUGUCCUGCUAUUUCCGACACAUUUUAUGCUCCCACCAGCUAUUUUGAAGUAAUUACAGAUAUGAAGGGGGUAGGAUUGUAAACACAAACCUGUUUUGUGCCAGUGUGAACUUCAGUAAAUAAUUUCACACUUCUCUUCCAGAAAAAUCUUUUGUGUAACAGGCCUAAAGUGAAAGGAUACAGUCAGGAUUUUGGAGCAAAUUAAUAUUUUCUAUCGUGAAAUGAUCAUAGAUUUGUAGUUUCAUCUCAUAUUCAUAUGCAGACUGAUUGCUGCUAAAACUUUGGACUAACUCAAAAGCCAUAUACAGUCCUCAUAAAUAACAAAAUGACAGGGACAACUGAUGAUUGUACUUCCUGAGCAUGAGGUACAGUGGUAACAAAAAUCAUCAAAGCGCUCAGUUGAGUUUAGGGAAGAUUGUGUAGUUGGUUAAAUACAACUCAAACAUAAGAGGCAAAGCAAAAAAGUAUUGUAUGAACCUAUUUUGUAGAAGAUGGGGUUGCUCUUUCACAAUCUCUGCCAUGUUCACUUUAUAUUGACAAGACAAAUCAUGAUCAGCCCCAUAUCAGUAGCCAUAUAGAGGACUCUACUGUGUGACCUUUUUUUCAUGAAGUGAUAUGAUUUUGCUUCACAUGAGUAUUUCAACUUAAUUUUAACUUAAUUUGAUUGGUGAAUCAAACUUUGCAUGACGUUGCAAUCUAGGAUUUUCAUUUAUUUUUUACAAAUUAUGUUGUUGGAUUUACUUAUUUUAAAUUCAAUUUUUUUCUCCAACAUCCUGAUAAACUCUUAAACAUUCCAGAUAAAAUGAUUGUUCACGAGGUGGAUGCUUGAUUCAGUGCACAGUUUCUAAUAAAACACAUAUCGUUUCAAUUCUUUAUAUCUAGUUUUUAUGAUGUCUUUGGAUGUAUAACACAAAUAUGGUUACCUUAAAUUAUUUUUAAGGAGUGGGACAUUUUACAACUGAAAUCUAAAUUAAUCUUUCUGACAGAUAAAAAAGCACUGGCAGACGAUUUGGUGUUUCUGUACCAUAUUUCUGGUGUAUUGGUCAGGCUCUGUUGUGUCACUUUAAAGAAAAUACCCAGGGAAGCUAUUGAAACAUGACUGUCUUUGAGCCUACAGUGUUGGGGAAUGAUUUGAAAUGAAGUUUCUUUUUCUUUUACUUUCUUUUACUGUAUCUUUUUUUUUUUUUUUUUUAAUUCUGUCCAUGACAUUUGUUUGAGUUUAAUUGGUAUCUGCCACUUUUUGACAGUAAUAUAUGAGCAAAUUUUAAAUAUAACCAAGACAAAAUGCCAGACAAAAAACAUGGGAGCUGGCCUUACACUGAGAAGGAUUUUGUCCCCUAAUAAACUUAUUGUUAUGAGACCAUAGCACCAGAUAACCAUUCAAGGUCAUGAAUUCUAGGGUCAAGGAGAAAUGGCCAAAAAUACAUAAAUAAAUACAUGAAUAAACAGCAUUUUUAUAAAUA